AUGAGUUUCCCAAUCGAAGUGCCAGGAGACGCGGCUCCCUUGUCCCUGCAAGAGCUUUGCCGCACGUUGCACGCCGCAACCUCGUCCUCGGACCAUGUCCAGCGACAGGCCGCCGGCCAGCAGCUCGUCACCUGGGAAUCACAGGCUGGGUAUUACUCGUCGUUGCAGUCGGUGUUCCUCGACAAGUCGCUCCCCCUCGAAAUUCGAUUCCUGGCCAUUAUACAGAUCAAGAACGGUAUUGAUAAGAAUUGGCGGUUGUACGCGAGCACAAAGGCGAGCGGUAUCACCCCCGAGGAGAAGAACUUGAUACGGUCACGCCUGCUCCUGGGAUCUGUCGAGGAGGAAGAGAGGCAUCUUGCAUUGCACAAUGCCCUGGUCGUUGCCAAGGUGGUCCGGAUCGAUUAUCCAGAAGAGUGGCCAGAGGCCCUCCCUAGCAUCAUCAACCUCCUUCGAUCCACUCGAAACGCCAAUCAACAUCAUCUUUACGGCACCUUGGUGGUGUUGCUUCGGGUCAUCAAAGAAAUGGGAAGCGCUCGGCUUAGGAGGUCGCAAACGGCGCUGCAAUCCAUCACGCCCGAGAUUGUAUACAUUCUGUCCGAGAUAUACUCUGAAAAAUCAGCAUCAUGGAUCAACUUCUUGAGCACCGGACACGGCAACGGUGACGAGGCGAAUUUGGCAAUGAUGAACAGUCUCUCCGCGCUCAAGACGCUUCGUCGCCUCAUUAGUGUGGGUUACCUGCGUCCUCACGCUGACAGCUCCGUUAGCCAGUUUUGGACCCUGUCUCAGAACCAGUUUGGCCAGUUCCUUGGGUUUGUGAACCACGACUCCGCUGUGCCACAGCCGUACCAGGACUUGGUAGGGAAGCAUCUUCUCCAGUUUGCCAAGUUCCAUAUCGACCAAGCCGAGCACUUUGCUGCCAGCUUUGCCUUCCUCCCCAACUCGCUAUCCCUGGUUAAUGCAUACUGGGAUCUCAUUUCAAAGUUUGCCGAAAUCUUUGUUCAGUCAGGAGGCAUUCGUCAGGGCUCUGGGGAUGCUGGAGCCAAGGCAAAGACAGAAGGGCCUCUAAUGGAAAAGCUUGCCCUGAAAGGCUUGUUGCUCCUUCGCGCCUGCGUGAGAAUUGCCUUCCAGCCAGUACAGACAUUCAAGUACCGAACGCCAGAGACAAAGGCUGAACAAGAAGAGGCCAAGCAUAUAGUCAGGACGGAACUUUUCAAAGACGACCUGGUGAUCCAAAUCGUCAACACCAUCAUUACACACCUAUUUGUCUUCCGUAGAUCUGAUCUUGAAGCCUGGGAAGAGGAUCCGGAAGACUGGGAGCAACAAGAGCAGCAUGAAGGCAGCGCAUACGAAUGGGAAGUCCGCCCAUGCGCCGAAAAGCUCUUCUUGGAUCUUCUCACAAAUUUUAAGCAGCUUCUAGUGCCACCGCUGCUGUCGUAUUUCCAGACGGCGCAAUCUCCUCAAGCAGACAUUGCUACAAAGGAGGCAGUUUAUACCGCCAUGGGCCUCUCAGCGGCGCAUGUGGUCAAUGCAUUUGACUUUGAUACGGUACUGGCCUCGACCAUUGUCAACGAUGCCCAGCAGCAAGGUGGUCUGUACAAAGUGCUGCGGCGACGUAUUGCAAUCUUGAUCAGUCUGUGGGCGCCAGUCAGGCUGGGCGAAGCGAGCAGACCGGUUGUAUAUCAGAUUUUCCAGCAUUUCCUCUCUUCGAACGAUGAGACGAACGACGUUGUAGUGAGAAUCACCGCGGCAAGACAGCUUAGGUGGGUUGCCGACGAGAUCGACUUCAGCGUCGACGCCUUUCUACCAUACACAUCGGAUGUUCUCAAGAACCUUAUAGAGCUCAUUCAAAACGUGGAGAGCGACGAGACCAAGCUAGCCAUCCUUGAGUCGAUCCGAAUCCUGGUGACGAGAAUGGAGGAACAGGUAGGACAGUUUGGAGACCAGCUCAUGGUUGCCCUGCCUUCGGUGUGGGAGGCCUCGGGGACAGAAGAAUACAUGAUCAAACAGGCUGUGAUUGCCAUUUUUGCAGCGCUCGUGAUGAGCAUGGGCCCCGAAUCGCAGCGUUACCAGGGCUCUAUGCUUCCCUUGCUGGCAGAAGCGGCAAGGCCAGGGUCAGACUUGCACCUGAACCUCAUUGACGAGUCAUUGGAGCUCUGGAAUUCCAUCCUCAUGCAAAGCAACCCCCCUCUUGCCCCAGAGCUCGUCAACCUAGCCGAAUUGCUACUCCCGCUAUUAGAGUAUCAAUCUGACAUUGUGUCCCUGGCAAUCUCAGCCAUUGAAUCCUACAUCCUGAUUGCGCCCGCAGCGAUGCUGGAGGACAGACUUCGACGACCGACGCUCAUGGCAUUGAGCAACACUCUGGACUCCAAAAGCCGAGACCAUGUCCGCGUGGGCACCGUGUGCAUUGAACUCCUCAUCCGGUCUGCGGCCGAAUUAGGGGGCGCCGAGGGGAUCUCAGUCAUCAUUCAAGACAUGGUAGAAACCGGUUUCAUGAACAAGAUUAUGGCUAAUCUUCAUGAUGCGUGGGAGGCCAGUCAGACUACUGGGCCCAACAGAAGACAGAGCAAACUCAACACGGUCACGCAGGGCGACUACUUUGCGAUCCUUGCUCGCCUAAUACUGGCUGAGCCAAACUUGUUUGUGCAGAUGCUCGGGAGUGUUGGAAACGUCAACGAAGUGUGGAGCUGGCUCUCCGCGGGAUGGUUUUCAUACCAAGCGAAGAUGGACAACAUAGAUCGUCAGAAGCUCUAUCUCCUCGGCUUGACGCGGCUGCUGGAACUUGGUUCACCAAUGCAGGAGCUGGUCCUGGACAAACUACAAGACUACUUGGAUUUGUGGACGAACAUUAUUAUAGAUCUCCAAGACGGAAGCGAAGUGAACGGCAGUGAUUGUUUGAUUUGGGGGGACGAGGUUGAAGUUUCUGAGUAUGAUACCCCGAAGAUGAUUCUGGAGAAGCAGAGCCAGCACAAGGAUCCGAUCCAUUGUGUGAAUGCACUGCAUUUUGUCAAGGUUAGGCUGCACGAUGUCGUUGCACGAAUCGGAGGGGAGGCAGUUUUCCAAGAGAACUGGGCAGUCAACGUGGACAAGGAGGUUAUGGACGCUUUCCAGAAGCUGAUGAAUGGGGGGGCGCUUUGA